UUUGAAUCUCCACUGAUGCGUGAGGUCCCAGAGCGCCAAGGCAGCAGCACAGACAGUUCUGCAAGCAGUUUGGGAAGCUCUGUCACAGCAUGUAAGAAGAUUCUCUGCAGUAACAGUCUGCUAGAAUCAACAGACUACUGGCUGCAGAAUCAGAGGACACCAUGCCAAAUUGGCUUUCUAGAAGACAAGUCAGAAAGCAACUGUGCCUCAGUUUGUUUUGUGAAUUUAGAUGCCAACAGAGAUGAUUGCAGUGAUGAGCAAGUGAAACAGAAGUUGAUCAGCGUCUCACCCAGUCUCCCCAAACUCAUCAGUUCGAUGAACGUACAGCCACCGAAGGAAAAUGAAAUAGUCCUGCUGAGUGGAUUGACAUCAGGAAACCUUCAGGCCGAUUAUGAGGUUCCCCAGUGUCCUUGGCUGGCAGAUGUCUGCUUGGUUCAGUGUGCGAGGGGGGACAGGAGGAACAGCACAAGCUGCAUCAUUUUUGAAAUAAACAAGUUUCUGAUUGGACUUGAGCUCGUUCAGGAGAGGCAGCUGCAGAUAGAAACUCGUGUCCUAAAGCCUGAGGAUGACACGAACUGCUCCGUGUCCUCAAUAGAAGAAGAUUUCCUCACAGCCUCCGAGCACCUCGAGGAUGACAACGAGGCUGAUGAAUAUAAAGCUGGCCAUGAAAAGUUAAAUGUUUCAGAAGCAUCUUCAGAUGUCAAAAAAAAUAAAGGAAAGGGAUUUGAAAACAUUCACUAUAGAAAAGCCAGGUUGCCAUUCAUUCUUGAAGGGAACUGCAUUAAUAAAGAUAAUGCAGCUACUCAGGUCUCUGAAACUGUGAAUGUUGUGGCUGAAGAUGGCAUCUCACGACCUGAAGAUAAGUCAGACCAGGAAAUACUGUGGCAGAAGGAAUUAACUGAAAAAGGUACUUCAUCAUUUAGUACUACUGAUUUGACUAGUGGGGUUGAAAACUCAGCACUCAUGUUAGAAGAUGUAUCUGUAACCAAAAUGGCUAAAGAGGAGCUGGAGCCUCAGGGUCACCCCACAACGAAACACAGCAGCAAGACAGAUGGGGAAGAUAGAACAGGUAUCAGGAAAACUGAUCCUCCCUCCCAGAACGAGCAGGCAACCACAGGUCAGUAUGCCACAAAUUUAGCAGAAUCUGUUCUGCAGGAUGCAUUCAUUAGACUGUCACAGUCUCGACCAAGUUUCAGUGAGGAGGCUGCAGUCAGCAUCUCUGUAGGAAGCUCCUGUAAGUCAGAAGAUGUAUCUGCUUCCCGGUCAUGGAAUGAACUUCCAAAGAUCGUCAUAGUGCAAAGUCCAGACAGUUCUGAGAAUGUACCUGACUGGCCAGGGUCUUCCUUCCCCAGCCUGAGCCACUGGGCUGAGGCAGAAAGCUCUGCUGAAGUUCCAGGUUACUUUGAGGAGGAACAUUCAAAUGGACAUGACCAAAGUGCACUGGAAGUGGCUCUGGCUUGUGCAGCCACUGUCAUUGGAACCAUUUCCAGUCCCCAGGCUGCAGAAAAAUUCCGCCGGGACCAGGAAGUCACAGACUGGAGAAGUGGAGUGGUCGCUAAUGAAGAGGUGCACGCAGCAUCCUCACAGCUCCUUGACAACUGUGCUGGCACAGAAUACUCAUUCCCAUCUGCGCUCUGUGGCAUGACUCAAGUAGCAAGUGCUGUAGCCAUCUGUGGCCUGGGGGAAACAAAGGAGGAGAAGUACCCUGCAGCUUCCAGUGGACUUCUGUCUGCUGCCCAGGCUUCUGCAGCCAUUACUCUGCAUUGCAGCUUAGCUGUAGGAAGCAGCAUGGAGAAGCUGAAUGAGAGCAUUGCAGAGGCACUUCUCAAAGAGGCAUCCAUAAUUCUUACAAAACCCAACACGUACAAAAAUGUGGGGCAUUUUAUGGAAUCCAUAAAUGGGAAAAUUAUUGAAACAGCAGCAAGACCACAUAUUCCACGUGCUGAUGGAGUAAUCAGGGAUGAACUUGCACAAAACUUAUCCAAUAUUAUUCUACGACAUUCUAUGGAAGAGGUUAGGAAGAAGAGACAGCUACGAGUCCAUUCAGAGGAUGGCUCAAGUACACAAGACAUUUUCACAGAGACAGCAAAUGAGUUGCUUUUUAAUAUAAUAUAUUUCACUUGCAAGAAAAUGAACGAUAUAAGGCAAGUUGAAGAGUGUUCUCCUCUCUUUUCUGAGGGCACAAAAGCAGAGAAAGUAACAAGAGCAGAAGGAUGGCCAACACUGGGAACAGCUUGUGAAACUUCACAGAGUCCCCUUGAUCACUCUGCUUCUAAGCCAUUUGGUACAUCCUACAGCACCAGUACUAGCAAAGAUCUUGAAAAGGUCACAAGCACUUGCAAGGGUAAUAUCAAAGAUGUAAAUAGCAAUGAAGGUUCCACACUGAAUUCAGAACAGAGUGGAGAUACAGGGCAUAAUACAUUUGGUGCAAAAACAUCUCCCAAGAAGAGAUACCUGAAAAGAGCUGCUCGAGACUGUUACAAAGCCCCAAAUCAGAGUAACAAUAAUCAGAAGAAAGACUACAGAUCAUUUUCAGACAGAGAAAAUACCUUUGCAAACAGUGAAUGCAGGCACGGUGUUCAAGAACAGCUGUCUUCUAGUGCCGCCAUAAAUACAGAAAACCAAGCCAAGAUUAAGUGUGAUCCUGUGCUAAAUAAUGAUGUUCAACUUAGUUUGUCUUUGUUAGGAAACCAUGUCUUGCUUCCUUCUCAGCCUGUGCUACAGGUGAAAAAUUCAAGGGACAAAUAUUGUAUAACAGACUUUGCAGAAGAAUUGGCAGAAACAGUUGUCUCUAUGGCAACAGAAAUAGCUGCCAUUUGUCUAGAGAAUUCAAAUGGCAAGCAACCCUGGUUCUGUGCAUGGAAGAGAGGCAAUGACUAUCUGAUGACCCAGAGUUUAUCAUGCAGAACCAUGAAAAGGAAGAAGGAAACCCAUACCAAUGGUUCUGUGGUUCGGAAGCACAGGGCACCUCGGCUUAGUGAGAUCAAAAGAAAAACAGAUGAGCAUCCUGAGCUAAAGGAAAAGUUGAUGAAUCGGGUAGUAGAUGAAUCUAUAAACCUUGAGGACACACCAGAUUCAGUCAAUCUCUUUGCAAAUGAAGUGGCUGCCAAAAUCAUGAACCUCACCGAACUCUCCAUGGUUGAUAGCAUCUGGCAAGGUCCAAACCACCCCAGGAACAGACUGCACUGUGAAAGGUGGAGCCGAGCUAAAGCAUCAAGCUGUGAGAGCAUACCAGAGGAGGACUCAGAUUCCAAAGCCUCUUUCAAUACCCUGGGCCUCAUGAACAGCUUUGGUCACUCGCUGAGCCAGACAAGUUCUGUCUCAAAGCAGUCUAGUUGUGAAAGCAUUACAGAUGAAUUUUCAAGAUUUAUGGUGAACCAGAUGGAAAAUGAAGGAAGAGGUUUUGAUUUAUUACUGGAUUAUUAUGCAGGAAAAAAUGCAAACAAUAUCUUAACUUCUGCCUUACAACAGGUAGCCAAGAAAAAUGGCCAUCUUAAUGUAAGACCAAGUUGCCCAUCCAAACAGUCCAGCACAGAAAGUAUAACAGAAGAGUUUUAUAGGUAUAUGCUAAGAGAAAUCGAAAAGGAAAAUAAAGACAAUCCAUCAUCCUCUCGGAAUUCAAAGGACUGGUGUGGCAGUUUGCUGGCACCUUCUCUACGGUCACCUUUCUGCUUUAGGCAGUCGUCGAUGCCCGACAGCAGGUCCUCAGGCUCUAGGCUUACAGUGAACGUCCCAAUUAAAGCAAAUUCCUUAGAUGGGUUUGCCCACCACCGCCAAGAUUCCUUAAGUGUACAGCCUGUCAGUACCGUGGCUUCUGCAGGGCUCUGCAAGUCUGACUCGUGCCUGUACCAGAGAGGCAAGACUGACCAGAUCACAGACAUGCUGAUCCACGAGACGUGGGCCAGUUCUAUCGAGUCACUGAUGCGCAAGAACAAAAUCAUAGCAGAUGAGGCACAGGCUACAGAGGCAGAGCAGUUUUACAGUGAUUCUCCACCACAUGUGGAACAAUAUGCAAAAAGACUGGCUGCAAAUAUUGUUGAAAGUGGCAAAAGUUUAAUUGUUGUCCAGCAGGAUUCCUUUGAUUAUACAAGCCGAGAGCAUGUGCUGGAAAGCAAACAUCCCCAAAGCACAACCCAGAUACUGCCAAAACCCACAGUGGAGGAAGUAAAUUUGGAUGAGAAAAAAGAGCAUGUGAAGAGCCCUGGAAGCCUCCCUGCAGGACAGCUCAGGGAAGUGCCUUUAAUUCAGAUAGAAACUGAUCAACGAGAUGAGCCAGACAAAGACUCUGAGUCUUUAACUUCAUGUGGCUCAUCUGGAAAGGGGCAUCAAAGCAAAGAAAAGCCUCCAGAAGCUUUGGAUGGGAAACACAUGGUUCCCAGUUCCCCAGUAAAUAGCUUGGUUGACUUUAAUGAGCAGCAUUGCCUGAAGAUUGGUGGCACCAGUUUGUUUGCCUAUAUUACAAUAUCCAUGUGCCUUCCCUAUCAUCCUGCCAGCAACAGUCCUCAGAGCAGAUCGGAUGCUGAAAUCAUAGGAGAGGCAAAAACAGCUGAAGAAUUUCCAGCCCAUCUCAGCAGCAGUGAAGAAAGCACUGGCAGCUGGUCCCAGCUUGCCAACGAUGAGGACAAUCCUGAUGACACAAGCAGCUACCUGCAGCUCAGCGAGCGCUCUCUGAGUGAAUUAGUAGAAGAAAAGGUUUUCCUUAAAGAACAGACAGAAAACACUGAGGAAAGUACUUCUGAGCUUUCAGUGGGAACAGCCAACUGUCAAAAGGACCUCCUGGUGAUAAACUUUGAUCUGGAACCAGAGUGCCCUGACGUGGAGCUGAGAGCCACCCUGCAGUGGAUAGCUGCUUCUGAACUUGGAAUUCCAACUAUCUAUUUUAAGAAAUCUCAGGAAAACAGAAUUGAAAAGUUUCUAGAUGUCGUGCAGUUAGUUCAGCGGAAGUCCUGGAAAGUGGGGGAUAUCUUCCAAGCCGUGGUACAGUACUGCAAGCUCAGCGAGGAGGGCAGAGAGAUCACACCCAGCCUGUUUGACUGGCUGCUUGAAUUGGGUUAAUGAAGUUCACUGGUUCAGCUUUACUGUUUUAUUCCAGUUUAAAUAAGCAGUGGUUUGUGUAACGCUCUGAUUUCUGAACAUCACUGAACAAAAUGUGCAAAGAUGAACAAACUCUACAAGAACAGCACAAGUCUGUGCCACAACUGACCCAGGAGCAAAGUGAACCUGUGUUUAUUGUGUCUUUCUGUGUCAUGAGGGACUCUUGACGUGUUGUGCUAUAGGAUGCACUGUACUAUGAGGAGAUGGAUUUUUAGCCUUCUGAAUUAAUGAACUACACAGUAAAGGCUUAAUUAUCUAAUAUAUUCCAUUUUCAUCAAUUUGAUUAAGUCAGGUAAAAUGGGGUAGUACCCUAACAUUCAGUUUUAAAACAACACUGAUAUUUGUACAGUUUAACUGUUAGAAGCAGAGUGUGUUUCAGAAUGCCUGGAGACACCCUUGUCCCUAGAUAAGUAAUAUUUAUGUGUUUUUGAAAUCUCCCUAAUCUGCUAAGGGUUAAAAGCUUUUGAACACUUAACACCUUUGCAGUUAAGACAACACAACAAAAAGCUGCUGAAAACACAUUUUAGUUUCUUUCCAUGUGUUUCUUUCUCUUCCAUAGCUGUUCCUGAUUACUGCAACCUUCCCAAAGAAACAAAAUCCAGUCUCUCAGUUACUGUCCUUCAAAAACUGAUUCCUUUCCCCUGGGAAGCAGUGCAGUUCAGUGUAGCCACACCUGGUAGAUUCCUGCACACAGCUCUGUGAGCCAAGGCAGCAGUUCUCAAGCCCUGUCCUGCCCCAGCCCUGCAACAUUGGGCGAGUCAUUUCACCUCUGUGCCUCAGUGUCCCUGCCUGGCAAUGGGAAUCAUGAUAGUACAAUUGUUACCUAAAGUGAUUCUGUUGAAAGCACUAUGUAACAAUCUAUAUAUCAGUUAAAAGCAGUAAAAAAAGUACUAUUUUAAUUUUAGUGUAAUUGAAUAAAUUGUUAAUGAGGUGAAGAAAUACAUAUCUGAAAAGAGCACCAUCUUGUCCUAAAAAUCUCAAUGUUAAUUUUUGUAACUUGCAAAAAAGCAAAAUGUUUGUUAAAAUUUCAGCAGACAUACGUGUUCAUUUUGAAGAUAACUGUUUGGACUAUAUGUGAGAGUUCACAUUCCUAUAACAUUUCUUUAACUGUUUGAUAAGAUAUACUCUGCUAUCGUCCUGUUGAGAUGAUCUGUUGGUAUUGUGCACUUAGUAAUACAUUCUCUCAACUCUGCCAAAGAGACUGGGUGUGAAUCUAAAGGUAAAAACAACUUAUGACAUCACAGCUCUUCUGCGAUUUGUUUUUCUGAAAAUACUCACUUUUCAUCUCUCUACCCAAAUAGAGGAAUAGAAUACCUGCCUGCUUUUCCCAAAAAAAAAUAUUUAAGAGAAGUUUUAUUUUCCAUAUAACAGUAUAUGCUUCUAUAAUAUUUCUUGAAAAAAAAACUAUCCUUUUGCACUAAAUAUUUUUGAAAAUUUUGAAGUAGUUUUAAAUAAUUUAUGAAAAAGAGCCAUAUUCUCAGUUUUAUCUUUAAAACCAUUACAAAACUUGCAUGAUUGCAUCACUCAUUUGUUACAAAAUACAGAUUGUUAGCGAAUCAAAAUCUAAUGUGGAACAUUAAAUAAUGUGAGUAAUUCUCAAUCUACUCUGCAGUAUAAACAGAAGAGGAGAGGCUGCUUUACAGUCAAAGUAAAGGUCAAUUUAUUGCAAGCACUGAACAUAACUGGGGUCACUGGGCCAGCCCCUAAGAACUGCUGAGUAUCUGUAGCUCCCACUGAGUGGCAACUCUGAAUGCUCAGCAUUUCUGAGGCUGAGAGCUAGUGAAAAGCACCGAGAAUUAUAGACUUAAAGUGCUUUGUUCAAGUGAAUUAAUAGGAAGGUGUAUUUAUUUUUAAACCAAAUACAGUUACUUGUCAGUAUACAAUUUUUUGUUGUGAUGGAAUAAAUGUUUACAAAGCACAAAUAUCAUGACAGAGUUGUAACAGUGUGAUGCAGUUUCUCUGUACAGUAGUUCUUAAUGUUGCAAUUUAUUCAGAAAUAAAUUUAUGUUACAAUGUG